ACGUAUCUCACAGCGUCCGGCUCUGAGUUAACCGGAGGGAGCAUGUGGGUCUGCGGGGCGCUCGGGGCGCGAACCCCGGCUCAGCUACGGCGGCGGCUGUUCCCCGCGUCCCGCCGCCGCCGGCCUGCUGCCGCCGCCUUCUCCGCAUCUGCCGAGCCCUCCCGGGUCCGGGCGCUGGUCUAUGAGCACCACGGGGACCCAGCCAAGGUCGUCGAACUGAAGAACCUGGAGCUGGCUGCUGUGGGCGGAUCAGACGUCCAUGUGAAGAUGCUGGCGGCCCCUGUCAAUCCAUCUGACAUUAAUAUGAUCCAAGGCAAUUAUGGCCUCCUUCCCAAGCUGCCUGCUGUUGGAGGGAAUGAAGGUGUUGGACAGGUCGUAGCAGUGGGCAGCAGUGUGACCAGGGUGAAGCCAGGAGACUGGGUGAUUCCAGCGAAUGCUGGUUUGGGAACCUGGCGGACCGAGGCUGUGUUCAGCGAGGAAGCGCUCAUCUCGGUUCCGAGUGACAUCCCUCUUCAGAGCGCCGCCACCCUGGGUGUCAAUCCCUGUACGGCCUACCGGAUGCUGAUGGACUUUGAGCGGCUGCGGCCAGGGGAUUCUGUCAUCCAGAAUGCAUCCAACAGUGGAGUGGGGCAAGCAGUCAUCCAGAUCGCUGCAGCCCUGGGACUGAGGACCAUCAACGUGGUCCGAGACAGACCUGACAUCCAGAAGCUGACCGACAGACUGAAGAAUCUGGGGGCCCAUCAUGUUGUCACAGAAGAGGAACUAAGAAAACAUGAGAUGAAAAACUUCUUUAAGGACGUGCCCCAGCCUCAGCUUGCUCUCAACUGUGUUGGCGGGAAAAGCUCCACGGAGCUGCUGCGGCACUUGGCGCCUGGAGGAACCAUGGUGACCUAUGGGGGGAUGGCCAAGCAGCCUGUCAUCGCCUCUGUGAGCCUGCUCAUUUUUAAGGAUCUCAAACUUCGGGGCUUUUGGUUAUCCCAGUGGAAGAAGGACCACAGUCCAGACCAGUUCAAGGAGCUGAUCCUCACGCUGUGCGAUCUCAUCCACCGAGGCCAGCUCACGGCCCCUGCCUGCUCCGAGGCCCCACUGCAGGACUACCAGCGUGCCUUAGAAGCGUCCAUGCAGCCUUUCGUGUCUUCCAAGCAGAUCCUCACCAUGUGAUGUGAUAAUCCCAGAGGAGCCGGAGCCACGUGGGAGGGGAGGCGGACCAGCAGGACUGGUUCCGGGCCCCCCAGUUGGGCCCCCCGCCUCCGCAGGCCGCUCCUCUCCCCACUGUCACUUCUGAGUCGGAGAACUGGGAGGCCAGCCAAGGCUAUCCCUGGGGCCAGCCUCCGGGUAUCUAAUAAAGUCCGAACUUCCUAAAAAAACAAACAAACAAAAACCAAUAGGAGUCACCCCUAAUAAGAAGGACCAUCCCUUGCCAGCUCCCAGCACUAGAAGCCCCCCCUGCCCACCCUCCACCUGUCCUGCAGCCAUCACUUCCUGACCGCCCUGAAAGCAAAGCCUUGGCGGGGCUGGCAGGUACAAAAGCCAAUAAAACAGAUCUCUGCCCUCAA